UGGAAAUUCUUUUCUUUGUAGUGCUACUAUUUGCAACUGUGUUGUAACGCAUAGUAUAGGAAAAUUCAUGAAUACAAUCAGGAUGGAAAGCUUGGGUUAUUUAAAUUUUGUAAGAUAUGUGAAAACGCUAAUGUAGAAGGAAAAGAUGGUAUAUCAUAAAAGGAUACAUAGUGGAGAGAAACGCUACAAAUGUAAUCUGUGUGGUGAAGCUUUUGAAUGUCGCAGAUAUCUCCAUAUACAUAAAAAAACACAUACUGCAGAGAAACAGUAUGAAUGUAACCAGUGUAGUAAAGCCUUUACAAAUCACAGUAGUCUCCAAAUACAUAAAAGAACACAUACCGGAGAGAAGCCCUAUGACUGUAAUCAAUGUAGUAAAGCUUUUGCACGUCACAACAGUCUCCAAAUACAUAAAAGAAUACAUACUGGAGAGAAACCCUAUGAUUAUAAGCAAUGUGGUAAAGCCUUCUCCUGUCAUGGUAAUCUCCAAAGACAUAAAAGAGUACAUACUGGAGAGAAACCCUACAAAUGUAACCAAUGUGGUAAAGCCUUUUCACACCCCAGUGCUCUCCAAAAACAUAAAAGAACACAUACGGGAGAGAAACCCUAUGAAUGUAGCCAGUGUGGUAAAGCCUUUGCACAUAAGAUUUCUCUCCAUCAACAUAAACGAAUACAUACUUGAAAGAAGCCCUGGGAAUGGACCUAAUGUGGUAAGUAAAGCCUUUGCAUGUCACAGUCAUCUUUACACUCAUGAAAGAGUCCAUCCUGAAGAGAAACUGCAGAAAUGUUUUUAAUACGGUGACGCCUUUUCUCAUCAUCAUGAAGAAAUUCAUACUGGAGAGAAACCUUAUGAAUAUAUUUAGGAUAGUGAUGCCUUUGCACGUUUCUGCAGUGUUCAUCAUCUGAAAGUAUUUAUGGUGGAGAGAAAUUUGAUGAAUGUAAACAAUGUGGUAAAGCCUUUGGGAUUGCUUCUGAGAUCGAAUACAACUGUAACACCAGGUCAAUGGAAAUGACAAGAAUUCGUUGUAAUCAAGCUGCUAGUGAUCAUUCAGGGCCACAAAAUAUAUUCAUAGACACCUGUGGCACGUUACAGCUGCCUCUUCCACCAAUUAGGAUUUAGGGAAUUGGACUUUCUUUUUGUAGUUGAUCUAUGUCAACUGAUACAGAAUAUAGGUUUUGCAGCCUAACCCCCCAUAACCACUUGUUCUUUUGUGAAUACCAAAUGGCAUGAUGCUUUAGGGAACAAAAUAUGAAUAAAGGAAGCUGGUCAGUUAGUGGAAAGCCUCCAGCACCACUAAAGCCUAGGAGCUUGAACUCAGUUUUCCCUUAUGACUCAAUGGAGGAAGUAACAAAAAGGUAGUAGUUAGGACACGUUUCUUUUGCUUUCUCCUAACAUUUGCAUACCAAAUUUAUCUUCAAAUACAUAAAAGAACACAUCCUGUAGAUAAAUCCUAUGCAUAAGCAAUAUGAUAAUGUCUUUUCAUGGAGCGCUAGUCUUAAAACUCAUGCGAAAAUCUUUCUUCAGAGAAACCCAUCAAUUUAUCUAGUUUGGAAAUGAUACUUAAUGGUAUCAUUAAAACCUUUGGUGUUUAAAGAAUCUGUUAAAGGGUUUGCACAUCACAUACUCAGUUACACAAGAUUAUUCUGGAGAAAAAAAAAGCAAAAAGUAUCAAUGAUCUAUUCAAACAUUAUGAUGUCCAUCUUUAUUUUGUUUGAGCUUGCAAAAUAAUAUCGGAAAAGCUUAAUGAAUUUAAACAUGGUGACCCUUUUAGAUUUUACAAUUUUCUUUCAUUACAUCAAAUAACUCAUCCAAGUGUCAAAAUUUAUGGGGGUAUAGUAGUACCUUUGCUGUUGUUUUGGUUUAUGUAUCCAGAAGGAUGUGGGAUCCCCAUGAAAGUUGCAAUUCAGCAAGUGUCACUCAUGGCUGCUUAAGCUGGGGAGAUAAGGGCCCACAUCCUCAACCAGCAGCACUUAGCAGAGAGUGUGCACUGGAAAAGGUAUAUAGCAGUAAACUCUCAAGCCCACCUUAAGUGACAUAUUUCCUCUAGCAGGGCACAAUUUCCUAAAUUGUCCCAAAUGAUAACUCUACCUGAAAAGCAUUUGUUGUUAUGACUGCAAGCCUACAUGCUUGUUCUCUGUGACAUCAACCAAUUCAUGAUGAGGAAAAUCUCUGUAGGUGUCCCCACAGAUGAAUUUCAGGAAUAAAUGCUUACACAAGAAAAACUUUGAUGGAUAAACUUUUGUUUCACAAAUUGUUUUACUUUGAUUAUGUACUGUCAGCAUAUCUUUGUGAAUAUGAGUACAGGCUGGUUCCGAAGAAAAUUGAACCCAUGAUUGUUCUUGUAGUGGUAAUUACAGAAAGUAGUCAAAAACCUGACACUGUUACCAUGAAUGAACUUGUCUUAGCUGCACAUCAAUCUUUCUAGCCCUGUUAAUGUUUUGAAGGUUGGCUACAUCAUCUUGAUGUCAGGAAGUGGGAAAGAAGAUCAAAACCAUACUCAUAUAAGUGAUUUGAUAAAGACUUUAGAUAUCGUAGUUAAAUUCAGUCCAAGAAAGAGUCUUGUUCAAUCUGUUUUUCAUCACAGCCUUGAAGGAAGUAAAUUAUUUACCAUGUUCACUCGAGUAUAAUGGAAGAAGUCAUCAGUUGUGGUUGUUGCUUGUAUUUUGAAACAUUUGGAGUAGGUAUUGAAGUUUGCUGUAUGUGUGGCCUAUCAAUUUUGAGAAGUUAGUUAGGCUUUUCUUGUCCUGUGGCUGCUGUUCAUCGUCUUUUGUGAUUUUACUUGGAGAUAGGUAUUUUUCUGCUGCAGUGUAUAGAGUGGGAUGCUUGUUGCCUAAGUGGUCUGUUGUUUAUGUAAAUGUCAGGCACUAUGUGAUCAUACUUUACAAGUAUGGGUGCCUGGGAAUGGUGGGGAUGGUUGUUCCUUGUUUUGUUUUACACAUUUUCACAAAUUUGUUUUAAACGUUGCCCACCUGAGUUGAAUGUCAAUCAUUAGUCAAGGCAACAUUUUUAAUUCUUUGUUGUCAUGUGUCCGCCUCCUGAGUACAAGCCCAAGAGUAGAAGAUGUACACCCAUUAUCGGCACAUUAAACAGUGAAAAUGUUGAAAUGCUAAAUAGAAGAGAAUAUAAAUGUAUGUGUAUUCAAGGCACCAUUUCCAUGUAUCUGGUAGAGAUGUAAUGAAAUAGGACAUUCAGCAGUCAACUGUAGAUCUCACAAUGUAGCUUGUUUGGUUUGUAUAUGUAUAUAUUAUUUGCUGUUCCAUGCUUCUUCAUGUUCCCUCAGUUAACAUUUGGCACUUCAUUUUGAAGUACUAUUAAGGGAAUAAUUUAGUGUUGAUAGGUAAUGUUACAGCAAUGAGAUUUAUCUCAAAUAUUUUAGAUCAAUAGUAGAAAGAGAGAGAUAAUCUAAUGUGCUUAUAUGAUUUUAGGCCAUGACACAUGUGAAGAAUGGGAGACAAGUCUGUGGUAUCUACUUUGGUUAUAUUAUUAUUAAGGUCAGGUUAUGAAGUUAGGACAUGACAUAUAUGGAAAGACUGGGAGAAAGCUGUGUGGUGUCCACUUUGGCUAUCUUGAUAGGAUUUUGAAAGUCAGGGUACCAAGUUUGCACACCAUAGACAUUUCCCUCUUAGCCAUCCUAUUGAGGAUCAAAUAAAAAUAGUUGAAACAUUACACCAGUACAAUAUUGUCUUCUUUUCAGGUUGUGAACAUAUUGUCAUUCAAGAAUGGAGAAUUACAGGAUGAUUUGUGUAAUAAAUCCUAUUUGCAAAUAGAAAUGAUAUGCUGCUAUGUUUUACUGUUAGUUUCUUCUUAGGAGUAAAUACUUGUUCAUAACACUUUCUCAUAAUCACAAAUGAAUGCCAGAAAAUUGUCUAGUGGGUAAGACAAGCCCUGAGUAAAGUUGGUUGCUGCUAAGACUGAUUACCUGAGUUCAUCUCUGGGAGACCCAUAUUUCUCCUCUGCCGGAGCCAGCCGGGUAGAGUCGAACGGUUCUUGAGUUGGGUGUGAGGAUUAAAAUUAAUAAAAUAAACACACAGCACACAGAAAACUUUUUAAAGGUCCAGACUCGACAACUUUUGCAAAAGGCAAACUGCUGCAGUAAGCAGCAAGUCUCAAGACUCUGCCUCCUCCUCUGCCUCCAACCUUCUGACCUAGCUCCUCCCCUCUUUCCUGUCCUCCAGCUCCUCCCAUAGCACAACAUUGUAUCUAGUUGCUUUAGUUGUGUCCUGUUUACACAAGAGUUGAGACAGGAUGCUUAGAGCAUUAUCUUCAGCCUUCUUCUGCAGUAACUGUCAGCCUGUCUUUUUAUUGUAGAGUUUCUAAGCCAGAGUAGAAACAUCUCAGAACAAUGGUUAAUUUGCACAAGGAGCCUGAGGAAGAGGUGUAACCCUCACAAGCUAUCCCACCUGUUGUCACAAACAAAAGGAGAUGGACUUGCAAGUUCUCCUCUGCCAUUAGAGAAGAUCCAGUAAAAGCAGUCUCUCCACUGAGAUUUAAAUAUCAAAGCAGGCCGCUGAGUCACGGCUCCCGACACUCCUCCAAUUUUUUCUUAUUUGUAUAAGUGGGCUGUGGUAUAUGCACACUCACAAACAAGCCCAUACAUACUAUAUAAGCCCAAACAAGUGCCAGUGAGGUCGCUUGAACCAAACGACUCCUUGGGUUUCAUAUGUAGAACACACAUAGGGGAAGUAGAUACUAGACAGCAAUAAGCUAUCCUGUCACUGCCCCAUGCACACCAUGGUACUGUUGUGUACACACAAACAGAGUUCACACAUUUUUUAUGGAUGAAAGGAAGAAAUUGAAAUAACCUAAUUAUUGAGACCACACCAAAAGAUUUGCCAGUUAAAUUAUUAUUGUAGAAUUUCCAGAAGUAUUACUCUUCAUCCAAACAAGGAUGGAUUCUUUUUAAAUCUUAUUUUAUUUUUUCAUUCCAUGAUUGAAAAAUAGGUUAUUUCAAAAACAUCUCAGCUGGACUCAGAGAGAGAGAGAGAGCCAUGAGCGUGAGGGUUCACACGACCUAGCAGGCAGGUAAAGCCAAGCCAGAGACAUGAGAUAGAUCUUCCUGGGCCUAUAACUGGCCUGCUUGUCAGAUAGCAACAACUAAGACAGUCUUCAGUCCUGAUUCAUUUUUCUGAAUCCCGAGCCAGGGCAAGAGAGUCUUGUGAACUGUGGCCAAUCAGGGAAUCCCAGGAGAGACAGUACAAGUGCACACUGGCUCCAGCCAUGGGUGAUGAUAGUUAAGAAUGUGAAUCUCAUGAUGUGAAGUUGAUUUCCAAGAAGCCAGAAGAAUAUAAAGUGGAAAUUUUGUAUCUUUGCCACUGAAGGAAACCUAUCAGCUUAUGAUUAGGCUGACAGCCUGAGCAAACUCCCUGCCCUCCCUGCCUGGGUGAUGAACAAACCAGUGCAGGUACUGUGAACCAGGUAUUGGAACCAGGACUUACACACAUUGUCCAGUAAUAUUCACCUGGCAGAGGAGAAUACUGAGUCCCAGAGAGGCUUGGUACCUUGCUCUUUUGGACAGAGCAUGAUUGUUUGGGACACUGUUUAAAUUCCAAACCAACUCUUUGACCCCAAUGUGAUGACCAUUGUGGUAACACAGUUGGACCUUUGUAGUCUCCGUGGUUAACUUCAGAACUCUCUCUGCCCUUCCUUUCUGUACUGAGUUCUGCUGGUUCUGAUGGACAUGUUCUGUGGUCAGUGCUCAUUUCCAACUUCUACCCAUCCUAUCUCAUCUAGGCUCCUCAAGCCUGUCUGUGUCACAUCAGCAGGGAAGCCCGGCCGAAGCAAUGCCUGCAGGCCGAAUUUCCUGAAGUGACACCACUGAGCUCUUUCUCAGGAAGGUCACAUAAGGUGAAAAUAGACAUUGUCCCUGCCUCGUUAUAUAUUGAACUGAAAGCAAAAUAACCUACCCUUACCCAAAAAAAACAAGGCUCUCUAGCUGGUGAAUGAAUCUUUCUGCCAGCUUCAUCACUGAUCUGAAAUAUGCCUUCACUUUUAGUUACUAAACUUAAACACGUACCUUAAAAAUUCCUGACUGAUGCUGUGCACACUGUGCCUUAGUGACACUGAGGAAAUAGAUUGCCUUUCAUCACAGCUUCUCUGGAAGGAUAGCAUGUCAUUGCCUGUGCUCUAAAGGUGCUCAGAGGCUCUACUCAGCACCAGGAGGACAGUAUGUGGAUGACAAUGAAAUGCGUUUUUUUCUAUUAUACAGGUACAGACACCACCCCAAACAGCCAACAUUAUCUAAGGACUGUACAGGAGGAUCCCACUUUGAGGGUUACCCAGUGGGUAGAUACUGCUGAAUCCUUGCCCAACAUAGAAACUGCUUGCAUUUUGACAGUACAGAAAGGUAACCUA